UAAUAGGAGAGAAGAGCUCCCAUCCGCCCCUAUAUAUAUAUAUAUAUAUAUAUAUAUAUAUGGGUUUUGUGUUGGCGUUGGGAAAAAUGAGUGGAGAGGGGAUGAUGAUGAGAAACAAGCAAGUAGUUCUGAAGAGGUAUGUGGAAGGAUUGCCUAAAGAGAGCGAUUUCGAGGUAAAAAUUUCAAGCAUCAAAUCAGAAAUCCCGCAAGGAACGAAAGCCGCUGUGUUGGUGAAGAAUCUGUACUUGGCAUGUGACCCUUACUUGCGCCACCAAAUGUCCCAAGACGACCACUCUGAUAACAUCGAUUUGCUUGUUCCUUUCAAACUUGGGUCUGUAAUGGAGGGAUUUGGCGUGUGCAAUGUGCUAAAAUCAAGCGACCCAGCAUUCAAGGAGGGAGACUACGUUUGGGGUGUUACAGGGUGGGAAGAAUACAGCUUGAUUCAGAAUCCUGCAACCAGCAUCUUGUUCAAGAUCACAGCUGACCAACCCGAUGUGCCCUUAUCUUAUUACACUGGCAUUCUAGGUAUGGUAGGACUUACCGCCUAUGUAGGGAUCUUCAACGUCUGCCGCCCCAAGGAAGGGGAAGUCGUUUAUGUUUCAACGGCCGCCGGAGGAACCGGCAUGCUCGCCGGACAGUUUGCCAAAAUGUUGGGUGCUUAUGUGGUCGGAAGCACGAGCACUAACGAAAAAGUUGAUAUUUUAUUGAACAAAUUGGGAUUUGACGACGCUUUCAAUUAUAAACAAGAACCUAAUUUUGCUGCUGCUCUAAAACGGUGUUGCCCAAAGGGAAUUGACGUGUACUUCGACAACGUGGGUGGCCCGAUGUUAGACGAGGUAAUCGGGCACAUGAAUCUGCACGGCAGAAUCGGCAUUUGUGGAAUGAUAUCUCAAUAUUCUCUAAAGGAACCCGACGGCAUUCGCAACUUGUUUCGGGUAAUCACAAAGUGCUUGAGGGUUGAAGGAUUCACGGAAAUUGACAAUUGGCAUCUGGUUCCAACGUACACAAAGUGGGUGCUUGAAAAGUUGAAGGAGAAGAAGUUGGUGUACAUAGAAGACAUUUCUAAUGGUUUGGAUAAUGCACCAUCUGCACUGGUUAGUAUCUUUAAUGGUAAGAACAUUGGGAAGAAGGUUGUCUCAGUUCAAGAGUCGUAGUAAACCACUUUUUCUUCACUUGUAGCCGAUGAUGACGUACUCAUUCCAAAAAUUUGAGUUGUAAGAUUUUUUUUUUUUUGAGUAGGAGUUGUAUGAUUACUUUGGUUGGAGUAUGCUAAAACAUAAUGCUAUUUUCCAAAGAAACACAGUGGAAGUGA